AUGUCUCAACGUUAUGAAAUUACAGAAUCAUCUAAAAGCCUUGAUGAAACUAUUAAGGAAAUUAUAAGUGAUGCUAAAAAUCCACUUUCAUGUACAAUAACAUUAUCAGAUGAAUGUUAUAAUCAAAAUUUAACUAUUAUUGAAUGUUCUAAUAUUAAACAAUUACAAAUAUUAAAAGAACGUAAUUCAACUAAUAAUACUAAUAACAAUAAUAAUAAUACAGCAAAUAGUAAUAAUAACAAUACAACAUCUACAUCAACUGCCCAUAAUAAUACUUCAACAUCUACUACUACUGAUUAUAGUAAUAUUAUUAAAAGUGAUAUUUUAUUAAGUAAUGAAAAUAUAAUUGAAAUUACUAAUAAUACCAAUGAUUAUACAAAUAUAGAAUUUAAAAAUUUAACAUUUAAAACUAAAGAAGGAACAAAUACAAUUUUAUUUAAUAAUAUAAAUAUAAAAUUAAUUAAAUGUCAAUUUUAUGGAAUUCAAUUACAAUUUAAAGGUAAAUGUAAUAUUGAAAUUGAUGAAUGUGAUUUUAAAUAUUCACAAUUAAAUGGAAUUGAAAUUACUGAUGAAUCUAAAGCAAAUAUUAAAAAUUCUAUUUUUAAUUCAAAUGAUAAAAAUGGAAUUAGAUUAAUUAAAAAUAGUAAAUUAAUUAUUGAUAAAAGUACAUUAAAUAAUAAUUUAGGUAAUGGUAUUGUAACACAAGAUGAAUCUAAUUUAAAUAUUACAAAUUCUAUUUUAAAAUUUAACCAAACUUAUGGUAUUUUAACUUACCAUAAAAGUUAUAUUAAUAUAAAUAGAAAUAUAAUAUCUAAUAAUAAACAAAGUGGAUUAUAUUUAACAAAUACAGAUAAUAAAUCAAUAAUUAAAGAUAAUCAAAUAAUUAAAAAUGAAGAACAUGGUAUUACUAUAGGAGGUAUUUCUAAUUUAGGAGAAAUGGAAAUAUUAAAUAAUGAAAUUAAUAAUAAUUAUUAUUAUGGUAUUCAUGUAAUUGAUGGAGUUGGUAUUCCAAUUAAAAUAGAAGGUAAUAAAAUAAUUGGUAAUCAAAGUGGACCAUUAAAAGAUGAUACUUUAAAUGGUGAUUUAAAUUUUAAAAAUGUUCAAGAAUUUAUUCAAUUUAUUAAUAAGAAUUCACAAGUUUUAACUUUAAAUAAUAAUGAUUUAAAAUUUAAUAAUUCAAAUUGUUUAUUAAAUUAA